AUGGGCGCCUGCGGCUCCAAGAGUAGCGUCAGCGUCGUCGAGCCCUCCUCACCGAAGACCGUCCCGAAGCCCUCGGAGCUCGAGGUGGCUACGGCAUGCCCACCCUCUCCCGCUUCUGACUCCUCAGAGCCAUUUGUGACGAGCGAGGCCGAGCAACCUUCGGAAGAGCACCAGGGAGCGGCAGAGGAGAUCGUGUCCUCAGCGGUCGCGAUGGCGGUCAACGAUGCCGUCUUUAGCGAGGACACUGUCGCGACCGAGUCCGCCGCCUUCGCCGCCGACACCGCCGCCGAGCCCGACGCCACUGAGACCAACGCCACCGCAAUAUUUGGCACCGAGCCCGACGCCGAGCCCAUCGCCGCCGCCCCCGAGGCAACGUCGGCCGAAUACACACAAGAUUCGGAGGAUGCCGUGGCCGGCGCCGCGGCGCCAGAGGCGCCAACUGCAGAGGAGGCAGCAAAGACAGAGGAGGCAUCGGAGGGGCCAGCGACGACAGCGGAGGCUCUCGAGGAGCAAGUGGCGGAGACGCCGGAGGCUCCCGCCGAGGCGGCAGCGGCGUCUUCACACGAGGCCGAGGCUCUGCGGCCCGAGGAGUCAGCAGCGGAGGCUGCUGAGGCGCCGGAGGAGGCCGCAUACAAGGCGCCGCAGCCCGAGGAGCCAACGGAGGCUGAGGCGCCGGUGGAGGCGACGGCAGAGGAGGCGGCGCAGCCCGAGGAGCCAACGGAGGCUGAGGCGCCGGUGGAGGCGACGGCAGAGGAGGCGGCGCAGCCCGAGGAGCCAACGGAGGCUGAGGCGCCGGUGGAGGCGACGGCAGAGGAGGCGGCGCAGCCCGAGGAGCCAACGGAGGCUGAGGCGCCGGUGGAGGCGACGGCAGAGGAGGCGGCGCAGCCCGAGGAGCCAACGGAGGCUGAGGCGCCGGUGGAGGCGACGGCAGAGGAGGCGGCGCAGCCCGAGGAGCCAACGGAGGCUGAGGCGCCGGUGGAGGCGACGGCAGAGGAGGCGGCGCAGCCCGAGGAGCCAACGGAGGCUGAGGCGCCGGUGGAGGCGACGGCAGAGGAGGCGGCGCAGCCCGAGGCGGCGCCGGAGGAGUCGGCACCGGAACUCGAGGCGCCGAAGCCCGAGGAGGCGGCGGAAGCACCUGCAGAGGAGGAGGCGCCGCAGCUCAACCUGUUGCAGUCUUUCGCCAAGACGGUGAGCAAGCUCUUCUCGCCGCGCUCCGAAGGGGCGGUCGAGCCGGAAGCGGUGGCUGCUGAGCCGGACGUGGCCGCCGAGACGGACGGGGCGGAGGAGAAAUGCGACGAUGCGGUCGGCGCGGAGGUGUCCACCGUGUCCCCGCUGGUCCAGAUCGUGUCGCCUCGCACCUCGAUCCUCAAGGCGAGCGGCUGGGUGCAAAACUCCGAGUCCUUCCUCUCCAACCAGACGUCCGAGGCGAGCUCCGAGUCCGAGGCGGAGAGAGCGCUCGACAGCGCGCGGGCGGGCGGCGAGUUUGUGAUGCCCUUGCCGGAGCCGGCAACGUUGCCAGGCCCAUGCGGCGCCGUGAUGAAUGUGCUGCGCGACACUGGGAUGCAGACCACGAAUCGGCUGUACGAGCUCGUGCAGGACCGCUACCCCGGCGUGGUGCCGCACAAAAAACACCUCAAGCGGAGGGUCCUGAUGGACGCACUGAGGAACAAGGUCAUCAAGGUGCGCGCCACACCGGAGGCUCGCUUCAAAGACCACUGGGCAAUCCGGAGGCACGGCCAGAUUCGCGCCGCCUCCUCGCGCCGGAAGAGGUGGGGAUCGCCGAAGCGCUCCAGAGGACCGAACCACAACAAGAACCUGCCCGCUCUCUCGUAA